GCAGGACGUUUCCCUCUGCAGUUGUUUUUUUCCUGUGGAGUGGGAGGGGGGUGAGAGCGGGCCAAGCGAUUUGAGCUAUGCAGCAGCUCGGAAAGUGAUCUUUCUGAGUGAAGUGGCAGUAGGGCGGGCAGGCUAUAAAUGCAGCGCGCUGACAGGCAGCGGGCUUUUGGUGCAGCGGAGUUGACUGGGCACGGGAGCAGCGCUCAGCAUGCCUCGGGUGGACGCCGAUCUCAAACUCGACUUCAAGGAUGUUCUGGUCCGACCCAAAAGGAGCAGCUUGAAGAGCAGAUCCGAGGUGGAUCUCAAAAGAACCUUUACGUUCCGGAACUCUAAACAGACUUACACUGGAAUCCCACUUAUAGCAGCCAACAUGGAUACUGUUGGUACGUUUGAAAUGGCUGAAGUUUUGAGUAAGUUUGUGAUGUUUACAGCCAUUCAUAAACACUACGCUCUAGAAGAGUGGAAGAAGUUUGCAGCAUCUCAUCCUGAAUGUCUUGAGCAUAUAGCUAUUAGCUCAGGCACUGGUCAGGCAGACUUGGACAAGCUUUACAUGAUUCUGGAAACAAUCCCAACCAUCAAAUACAUUUGUCUGGAUGUUGCAAAUGGUUACUCAGAAUACUUUGUGGAAUCUGUUAAAACUGUCCGGGCUAAGUUUCCGAAACACACAAUUAUGGCUGGUAACGUGGUGACAGGCGAAAUGGUUGAAGAGCUUAUUCUGGCGGGAGCCGAUAUCAUCAAAGUGGGCAUUGGACCAGGUUCUGUGUGCACGACUCGGAUUAAAACAGGAGUCGGCUACCCUCAGCUGAGUGCAGUGAUCGAAUGUGCUGACUCUGCCCAUGGCCUUAAAGGACACAUCAUUUCUGAUGGUGGCUGCAGUUGUCCAGGUGAUGUUGCCAAAGCCUUUGGGGCUGGAGCUGAUUUUGUGAUGCUCGGAGGGAUGUUUGCAGGACAUGAUCAGUGUGCUGGAGAAAUCAUAGAGAAGAAUGGUAUAAAGGUGAAACUCUUCUAUGGAAUGAGCUCUGAUACAGCCAUGAAGAAGCAUGUUGGAGGUGUGGCGGAAUACAGGGCUUCAGAAGGCAGAACAGUGGAGGUUCCAUACAGAGGAGAUGUGGAGAAUACAAUUCUUGACAUUUUAGGGGGAUUACGUUCAACCUGCACCUACGUGGGAGCUGCUAAACUGAAGGAACUGAGCAGGAGAACAACAUUUAUUCGAGUAACGCAGCAGUUUAACCAAAUGUUUUCUUAGCUUGGGCUCUCAUGACAAAAUAAACUGAAGAGUUCCAUUUCUGCAGUGAUGUCUCAUGCAAAAGCUUGAGUGUAGUUCAAUAUAAUUUUCACUUUUGCGUCGUGCAAUAUUAUUUUGCUGUUUCCCUGGUUUGAAGCUUUAAAAAAAAUUGGACCCAUUGCCUCUAGAAUCUUAACUUUCAGCAAGGUUUGCAAUGUUUCCUUUGUCUGUACAGUCAAAAAUAUUCCAUAGCUGUGAAGCACUUCACUGAAGACAACACUGCAAGAUGAAAAAUCAGUAAUUGCUUCAACCAAAUUAUUUUCAAGUAUUAAAAAUAUGGGGCACUACUGCCUAAUAUAAAAACCUUUCAAUCACUGCUCAGGAGUAUACAAUUGUGAACAUUGUGAAACCAUAAUGUAAUUUAUUUAAACAAGUAUUUUUGAUUAUACAAUACUGCUUAAGCUAUGUAUAUUGUCUGAGGAUAUGGAAUGAAAAAUUAAAUACUUAAAACAAAUGAUUCAUUUUAAUAGUGUGCAGCUCCCUCAUGUAAUAGUGAUAUUACAGGAGUGGAAUUGACCAUAAAGAUAAAAGAUAGAGACAAUAUCACAUCUGUUGGAGCUCUCCAAGAACACAGUGUGCCAAUUUUAAAUUUUUUUGAACUGAUACUAUUUUUAUGCUUCAAGAUACAUCACAUUGCUUAAUUUUGUUUUGAAAUACUUCCUUAGGCAGUGAAUUAUGAAAGUAGAAACAAAUUAUGUAGUUCACUUCAAAUCCUAUUAUUAAACCUUUGGUGGUAUAAUGAUGUCA